CCUUUCCCCGGCAGGAGCGUGGGCGGUUUGCACAUCAGCUGUUUCCUCUCAGCUGUCAACUCCAAGGUCAGAGGAGUCAGCCGCCCACGCCCUUGCCUGAGCGUGCCAUUAUUACUGACACGGCGCCUCGAGGACACGGGGAGCCGCGGCUUUACGUGAAUACCAGGCACAACUACACAGGCAUACAAUGUCUCUACGAAUAUUCCUCCCCGUCAUGCGAAUGGGUGGAGGCGUGUGGGCAGAAUCUGUGGCCAAGACUGCCGCAACACAGGUCAACACAAGCUCUUCAUGUCGUGGCAUGAAGAUCUACACUCGGACGGGUGACAAAGGAGUAACUUCCCUCUUCAGUGGGGAGCGUCUUCCCAAGGAUACUCAGUUUUUCAAUGCACUUGGCACAACAGAUGAACUGUCUUCCCAUUUAGGAUUGGUCAAGGCAUAUGCCGAAGAGAAGAAGCAUGAAUAUGUUGACCAACUGGAGAGGAUUCAGUGCAUCCUUCAAGACAUUUCCAGUCUUUUGGCAACUCCACGGAGUGAUGAGCUCUCAGAUGACCCUGAGAGAGAAGCCCGAGUAUCGAUGAGGCUCAAGUUCAACCCUCGUCACAUCACUGAGCUGGAAGAGUGGAUAGACAGAUAUGACUCGCGUCUUCCUGCUCUCACCAAUUUUAUCUUGCCCGGUGGUGGGCAUGUGAGUGCAGCGCUACAUGUGGCCCGCACGGUGUGUCGACGUGCUGAACGCUCCAUCGUCCCUCUUAUCUCCGACGAGUUGGUGGAUGGUCAGGUGUUGUGCUACAUUAACAGGUUAAGUGACUAUCUCUUCACAGUUGCAAGAUAUGCUGCAUUUUUAGAUGGCAAGAAAGAAACUAUAUAUAUUCAGCCUAAAGCCCGUUCAGCAAAGAAAGUAAGAGAGAAAGUGUCAGAAAAUCAAAAAGUACUUAAGAGAGAUGCCUAAUUAUUAUGAGAGAUGUGCAGAGAGGUAUAAAACAUAUAAUUAUGUAUAACUGAUUAGAGGUAUACUUCUUUAGAAAUUUAGAUCUUAUGAUUAUUUUACCUAAUGGUUAUAAUAAGUUCAACUGUGAGCAUCAUUGGGUAACUGCAUUGUGUAAAUUUGGUACAUGAUUCAUCCUAAAACUUUUUACACAGUUGUAUUACAAGUAGCUCAGGUUAUUUUAUACAUAUUUUGGAUAGUUGGAAACUGCAGUCUGUCUCAUUAGUCAUACUGAUUGCCAUGCUGAACUGUUGAUACUAGUCAGUAUUGCUGUUGUUAGUACUGUGCAUUAGUGCAAGGGACAUACAAUGUAUAGUGUAGUAACAAAACAUGAUUAAAUGAGAGUU